AUUAAAUACUAUAAAAAAACGUAUUUUUUUGCAGUGAAUAAAAAUAAAAGUGGAUUUACUUGGUGUAAACUAAACAGCAAGUGUUAUUUGAAACAAAAUAACAUCAAUACACUAUGGUUAAUCCUAGUUUAGCAUACGAGAUUCUUUUGUAUAUAAAUUCAUUUUAUUUUGGGCUCUUCUCAACAUGUGAACUCGGCGCUCUCGUACUGAAGUCUUUCCUUAUUAGUGGAAAUUAUAAAAUUGUUGAAGAAGGAUAUAUAUUGAUUGGAAGAGAUUAUGGUGUGCUCAUUGGAUUAUUUAUCGUGGAAGCAGCCAGAUUGUUUCUCGGAAGGAAGGGUAGCCUUAGCGAGAAAGAUCCUCCAGUGAUGUUUUCAGUGUUCCUCACUCUACCUUCUAUUGGUGGGGUGCUAUUUCUUCUACAUUGGCAACAAGUAGUACUUCGGAUUGAGUAUAUAUGGUGUACCUUGAUGCUGCUAUUGCAGUUAGCCGAGUUUGUGUUUGCAUGUAUGUUUAUAGUCACCAUGUGUCGGGGCCCCUCUUACGACUGAGUAACUGAUCAAACCAUACCCUCUUGGCCCAAGGUCCUACCUAUAGUACUUAUUCAGUUCAAUGAAAUUUAAAUCAUAUUCAAUUGGAACAGAGUUGCUUUUGCUUUGUAUCAUUCAGUUUUUGAACAACGCAAAAUUAACUCUAUUUUCUACAUUGUAGGUUCAAAUUACUGUGACAAAUUUUGCAUUUUUCAUUUGUGUGGCUGGGGCUUAGGAGGAUAUCACAGUACACAGGUAUUGUAAUUUAAAACAAAUUGGAUAUAUUUUACAUACUAAACAACACUAAAACCAAUUGUAUGGAAAGUGUCUAGUUCUAUCAGCAGUACUUAAGAAGAGUUUUUAUGAGUAAUUUAUAUGACCAUCGAAAUAUUUGUUAUAACUUGACUAUAAAUUGUCUUUUCUGUAGACUGUUUUUUUACCUGUGUAGUCUAAAUACAAAGGGAAGUGCAAAAACAUGGAAGUAGGUAUAUUUGACACAAAGCUGAGAAAGAACUUCCAUAAUAUUUGCACCUAACAUUUUUACCAAAAUUUUUGGAAUAUUAUUGUUAUGUUAAAUUAAUAUUUAAGUAUGUUUUCAUAAGAAUCUAUAUCUCUAAAAAUAUUUAUGAAAUCUUUUAAUGGUUUAGUGCAGCGGUCGGCAACCUUUUAGCAGCCAAGGGCCACAUAGCAGUCAACGAAGUGGUCGCGGGCCACACUUUGUUAAUAUUUAUGACUUUAUCAGACAUUGUCAUUUGUCAAUAUUACAUACAAAAUAGCCAGGGUGGUUCGCGGGCCGCAAGUGGGAGGUUCGCCAAUUAUAUUUAAAAAAAAAUUUGUAUUUCAGUUCACAUAACUUUUUAUGUACCUACUUACGCAUGAUGAAGAUGAAAGAAAUAGGAGAUUCUACUUUUAUCGCGAGUUUCUACAUUAAUAUAUGUAGAUAAAGUAGUUUCUUCCUCUUGCCAAUAUCUCUCUAAAAAUCACAUAGUGUGUUUUAAUGGUGUGCUAUUUUAAUAUUAUGCAUUUGAUGUAAAAAAUAUAUUUAUAGGAGUUUUUACUGUUAGUUCCUCAGAGUGUUACCUACCUUUUUAUGCUCUAUCUUCAUGUUUUAAUGAGUAAUGUUAACUUUGUGCCACUAGAUGUCGCCAAUCCCUAUUUUAUUGGAGGUUUAGAUGGGUAUUUUAUUUAACCCAGAGAUAGGUAAAUGUAUACAGGGCUGGACUGAGGUCUGUAGAUUGUCAAAUAUACCGUUAGGCAAGCCACAUCAAAUGUGACUUUCCAUCAGAGAAGGGUCCUUAUGCUUCAUGUACAAUAAGGACCUUUGUAUCAGAAUUUCAAAUAAAAAGGACCUUAGGAAGUAAUGCCCUUCUGCGAUGGAAAACCACAAAUAUUGGCUUAUUAUAAUCUUUGGAGACUUGUAGAAUAAGAUACAUUCAGUCUUAAAUCAGGGAGCUGGUGGGUUUAAAGUUAUAUUGUGGCUCUGCCACUGGUCUCUAGUCCAAAUAAUAAAUGAUGCAUAGCCUGAAUAUGCAGCUUAGGCCUUCUGUGAUCCAGCCCAAAAGUAACGGAAGUGAUAUUGUGGCCUUUUGGUAGAAAUUAUACACCUAUGCAAGGAGUGUUAUUUAUCAAACCUUCCAUUGUGUAUUAGAUUUUUAUUGAACCAAAGAUUUAUCAAAAUUGCCAUCUACUUAUAGAUCUUAUGUACUUAAGAAAUUGUGUGUAUUUAUAUAAUCUAGUCACCUAGCACUUAUAUUGUAUCAAAUCUGAAAUGAAUAUAGAUACCUAUUUAUUAUAUAAAUACAUCUGGUUGUGUUUAGUUCCAGUAUUACAUUUUUCUGGUGUAUUCAAUGAUGUAUUUAUGAUAUUUUUACAACCAUUGAUGUGAGAUAAAUUAUGUAUUUUAAAUAAAGUAGCGCAAAAUAUUUACAUACUUCUACAAUUAAAACUAUAAUAUAUAAUCAUGCAGUGUGAAAAAUAAAAAUAUACUGAAA